AGCCAUUUGUCUACGUUCUCUAUCACUCAGUUGUCUGAACUAAAUGAUGUUUUCCCAAUUUCACUUUACAGAGUUGGAGACAAGGACCUUGCCACACUUAAACGGCACAUUAUGCUGAGGGAGUGAAACGGCUAUCAAAAUGGACCAGAGGUUGUUGCUGAGAGUCAUCAUCGCUGAAGAUGAUAUAAGGAAGUUGACAUUAAAUAAGAGACCACAGUCCAUUGAAGAAUUCAAAGUGCAACUGGUGGAUAAACUGUCACUGCAGUAUGAUUUUAAACUGCAGUAUGAAGAUCAAGAUUUUAAUAAUGCCCUCUGCAAUUUGACUGAAAUAUCUGAUUUACCUGAAAGAGCUACAGUCAAAGUCAUCCCUCUUGUAACUCUCCAGUUAACAGCAUUGUCAUCACCCACCACAACAUCAGACACUGACUGCAGCACAGCAGACUCUGAGAUCCUGUCGACUGUAGGAGCCUCACCAUCGCCAUUGCUAAGACAACAGUGGCCCGAGACCUUUGACAUACCCAAUUUCUCAGUAGAUGUUGAGUAUAGGCUCAGACAGGCAGAUCUUGCCUUUAUGAAAGAUGGAACGCGUAUGACUCUACCACGAGAUAUGAAGCAUGAUAUACUAGAUAAGCUUGCAGAGACGAUGUACAGUUUCAAGGCUUAUCCUGAAGAUGAUCACUUUAGCAGUGUAGCAAAAGCACUGAUUAGCAAACACCCCUGCCUCACUGAGCCUGGACCACACAGAUGGUAUGGCUGGAAAAACAGCCUUAAAUUUAAGAUGGCGAAUUAUCGCACAAAGCUCCGAAAAGCUGGAUGUGAGGAUGUAGCAAUCAAUGGAGGCAAAAGAAGUAAAGGCAACCCAGAGGGAGAAUCCUCAAGCAAGAAUAUCAAGCGGCCAAAAAGAGGUGAAGCAAACUACCUGCCUAACUUACCUGAAGGACAUGAUGAUACAAGCCUUGAAAAUGCCAGAAUGGUUCUAGUGGAAGAAAUGAAGAAAAAACAACGAAAUGCCACUCUCAUUUCACAAAUGAUGGACCAAUCAUUCCCACUACGCAGACAAGAAAUUGUAAAAAAGGAGCCUGCUGUACAGAACAUGGUUGAACGAUGGCCAGCACUUUUCACAGAGAGACAGGUGUUUGCUGAGUUUAAUAGAAUCGCCAGUAAGAAUCUUGAGGGAGACUUCUUUGACUCUUUGGACCAGUAUGCCCCACGUUUCAUCGAACUUUUCAAAACAAAAAAGGGAACUGUUGGCCAGAAACUCAAGGAGCUGAUGCAGCACAUGAGCUGGAUGACACCAGACGUGACAGUACUUCGCUCAUUUGUCCUCAAAGGCAUUCCCAUUUUACUUGGUGAUGACUUCAGUGAAUUCUACAAGACCUCCUCUGUAAGUACUUGCACAUGAGAAAAAGUUUGGUCUGCAUGAAUAUAAAACUAUACCUGUGUUGACAUAGAAGAUGUAAUUCUAUCUGCUCGAUAUACAAUAUACAUUUUGUACAGUGAUUAAUGUAUUUUGUUUAGCAAUA